ACAGUAUGUGUAAACCUCCAUUAGAUAGGCCUACAUAUGCAAACCUCCAGCGAGGUAGGAACCAAUGAUGUGACACAUUGACAAGUCAGAGCCUAUGGCUCGGACACAACGGAAGUUUAGAGACGGUUGCCCUGGAUGAAAACCUACAGCAUUGUAUCAAUCUCGAAACCGUUCUCUAACCCCUUAAUUAACCCAGGCUUCCCUUUCCCUUACUAUGGCGUCAGGCUCCAAUAUAGAUAUUGAGGGUGCGACCCAGCAUCUCCGGGACAUCCUUAAGUUAGACCGUCCCGGGAACAGCACCGAUGCGCAAUAUAGUGACAGCCAGAGAAAGCUACCUUUUAAUGGUGAGCUGAACGGCUUAUUAGGAACUGCUGGCCUUCUAGGGAGCACUGAUCAGGCCACCAUGUCAGAAUCUACCAGACCCAUCUCCACAGACAUCAGCAGCACUCAGGAGAGUCAGAUAAUCUGCCUUUCUGGUGAUGAUGGGUCCACUUGUAUCCCCAUCACCUCUAACAAUGUUGAGAUCGUGGCAAGUCAAGACUCCAGCAUCAACAGCAAGGCUCGAGGCAGUAACAAGGUGAAGAUUCAACCUGUUGCCAAGUAUGACUGGGAACACAAGUAUUAUUAUGGCAGACUGAUAGCUGUGUCCAACUCCUUCCUGGCCUAUGCCAUCAGAGGAACCAACAACCAUGCUAUGAUUCGUGUCCUGAGUCUAAGUUCUGCUGAACGCUCAUUGCUAAAGGGAUUCACUGGGGCCAUCACAGAUCUGGCGUUUGCUCACCUCGACUCCAACCUGUUGGGUUGUGUAGAUGAAGCUGGCAAUCUGAUGGUCUGGCAGCUUACCUGCACUGCAAACAAGAUACUAGAUCAGAUAGUGGUUCAUAUCAGACGACCAGACAACACUCCACUGAACUCCCAUCGUCGUCUCAUCUGGUGCCCAUUCAUCUUGGAUGACAGUGACGAGAACCAGGAUGACACCAGCCAGACUUUGGCCCUUUUACAUGAAGACAGGGCUGAGGUGUGGGACCUGGAGGUCCUGAGAGCCAACAACAGCAAUUGGCCUGUCAAAGCCACAGAACUGAAAGAAGGCCUCAUCACAGUCAAGGGACAUAACCAGCAGGUCAGUGAAGGGGCCCUGUCUCCAGAUGGAACUGUGUUGGCAACAGCCAGCCAUGAUGGAUACAUCAAGUUUUGGCAGAUUUACAUAGAAGGGGGACAGGACCAACCCAGAUGCCUUCAUGAAUUGCGGCCUCAUGGAGGACGUCCUCUCUCCUGCCUUCUUUUCUGUGACAACCACAAGAGGCAGGACCCAGAUGUUCCUUUCUGGCGGUUCCUAAUAACUGGAGCGGAUCAGAACCAGGAGUUGAAGUUGUGGUGCACCAUUUCCUGGACCUGUUUACAGACCAUCAGGUUUUCUCCAGAUCCAUUCAACUCCUCAGCUCUGCCAAGCUUGAAGGCCAGUCUGGACCUCUCUGCUGAGUAUCUCAUCCUCACUGAUGUACAGAGGAAGGUUCUGUAUGUGAUGGAGCUAUUGCAGGACUUGGAGAAAGGCAAGGCAAGUUUCACAGCUGUCUCGGAGUUCCUGCUCACCCACCCUGUGCUCAGCUUUGGGGUCCAGGAUGUCGCCCAUAGCCGACUGCAACACACUGAAGUCCUCCCUACAGAGGAGGAGAGUGAGAGCCUGACCACAGAGGGUAAUCAAGGAGCUGCAGAAUCAAAGUCUGGGAUCCAGAUUAAACUGUUCUGUGUUCACACCAAGAGUCUGCAGGAUGUUCAGAUCUGGUUCCAGCCCACUGUGGGUUCCAACUCUGCGGACCUCCUACCCUGUUCUGAUUCUCAAGAUUGUUUUGCAGGGUUUUCAGACCAUCUCACUGACCACAGCUCUGACAAGGAGUCAGGAAGUGGCUCCCAGACUGACCUAAGGAAGAUCCCAUCUCUUCCUCCACCUGCUGACUUCCUUUCAAACUCUGCCACUGGCAGCGGGCCGAUGCUCAAGCUGAUGACUCCUGACGCCUUCAUGACACCAAGCACUUCAGUCCCGGCUUCUCCUGGCAGCAGCGCCAGCAGUCUGACUAUUGUAACAGCUAUUAGCAGUAACACGGACUCAACUAACAGAGCUGUAGACGAUGGCAGUCAGAGUCCUAACAGAGCAGAGAACAGCAGCAGCAGUCUGGUAUUUUCUACUUCCACCAGCAGCCCAAGAGCUGCUUCUGUUGUGCUGCUGUCUGGACUAGAGAACCUGCAGACUUUGGUGUCCCCUAGCAGCCCCCUUGCACUUGACAGCCCUCAGGUCCUGGACUCUCCCCUCCUGCUGCCACUGGCCUCUCCAACCAGAGCCCGCUCCCCUGAUGUCAUCUCCUCAGCCUCUACAGCCAUGUCCCAGGACAUGCCAGAGAUUGCAUCCCAGACCCUGCAGCUUCAGCUAGGACUUGGGUCCAGUUUGGAGCCCAUACCCCUAUCUGCUCUGCAGACAGACAGCAUGGCCUCUGCUGCCUCUGCUCUACACCUCCUUACCUCCCCACGCACAGCCAACAACAACAGCUUGUUGCCUCUUGAGCUUGGAGGUGCAGAUGGGCCAGUGGCUGGAACAGUAGAGUCGGAGCCUAGACUCAGCCACACCCCAUCUCUGCUCGAGAAUGCCUUAUCGCAAGAGAACCCCGGGGUGGGAGGAGGGUCCUCAGAUGGUAAUGUUAGUCACACACCCUGGCCAGCUGCACCUGACAUCACCAGAGAAACCAGGAACAGUCUCAGGGAUAACGGUCUUGGAGACUGUUCAAGAGAGGAGUCACAGGACAGACACUUGAACUCACCUUACCAUCAACGCUCCUAUCACCUCACACAGAAUGACAGUCAGGACACGGGUCCAGAGCAGAGUGACCCUGACGAUGAGGUGGCCAGUCUGGCAUCUUCCUCAGGGAACUGUGGCUCUUGCUCUUCUCACAGACUCCCAGUUAAGGAUUGGAAGACCUCACCAAAACUAAAGAGGAAGACCAGGAAAGAUGACAGUGAAUCAUCUCUGUUCAGGCAAAUGGACUCUGGUCAGAUGAAUGCAGAAGUGCAGGAUGAGUUGUUGAUAGUACUGCGUAGUCAGCAGAGGGACUUAACUGAACUGCGUGGUCAGAUUGAAGCCAUGCAGACCUCCAUUAUGGCCCAGGUAGAGCACGUCCUGACAAAUCACCAGGAGCAGGAACAGCUCAGAUUGGAGCGAGUUCUGGCAGAGAGCCAGAAUCAGCAGCAGCAGCAGCAGCUUCAAGAACAGCUCAGCCAGCAACUCAGCCACACCCUCAGCACAGCCCUCACCAACAGAAUGGACAAAGUGCUACGAGAGGAACUGAAGAAAACAGUCCCACAAACAAUCUCUAAGAGCCUGGAGCCUAUCACAGGUCAGCUGAGCAGCACAGUUGCUGCUAAGCUAACUGCGGUGGAGGUCACCCUGAAGGACAAUGUUACCAAGGUGGUCAAAUCAAAAAACAUAACAGAUGCUAUUGGUCGAGCAGCAGCUGAGGCAAUGCAGGGGCCCAUCCAGGCAGCUUAUAAAGAUGCCUUCCAGAGUAUUGUGUUGCCUGUGUUUGAGAGAGGCUGCCAGUCAAUGUUUCAGCAAAUCAAUGACAGCUUCAAACAAGGAACACAAGAAUACAUCCAGCAGCUUGAGACUCAUAUGAAGAACAAAAAGCAGAGAGAGCACGAGACACAAGACCCCGUGAUUGGCCAGCUCCAGCAGAUGAUUGACAGUUUCCAAAGCUCCACCGAUCAGCUGGCCACUAACAUCACAGCUGCCAUCCGGUCAGAGGUCCAGCACCAGAUCCAGAUGAUGGUGGGAAAUUUGCAGGAGUCUAUUCUUAGCCAUGUGCAGCGGAUUGUCAAAGGGGAGGUGAGCCUGGCAAUGAAGGAGCAGCAGGCAGUGGUCACCUCCAGCAUUAUGCAGGCGAUGAGGUCAGCGGCCAGCACACCCGUCCCCACAGCACGUCUAGAUUACCAGACACAGCAGGCCAACAUCCUGCAGCUUCUCCAGCAGGGCCAGCUCAACCAGGCUUUCCAGCAGGCUCUGUCAGCAACAGAUCUGAACCUGGUCUUGUAUGUAUGCGAGACCAUCGACUCUCAGCAGGUGUUUGGUCAGCACCCCUGCCCUCUCAGCCAACCCGUGCUGCUGUCUCUCAUCCAGCAGCUCUCCUCAAACCUCUCAACUCACUCAGAACUUAAAAUCAGCUACCUGGAGGAUGCAGUGAUGAAUCUGGAUCAUGGUGACCCCCUGACAAGAGACCACAUGUCAUCUAUGUUGGCGCAGUUCAGACAGAAGCUCCUUGGCUUCCUGCAGCAGGACCCCCACAGUCCAGUCAGCAAGAGGGCGCGGCGUCUGAUGAUGAUGCUGCAGGGUCUUGUCAACCAUAAGUCCAUCAUUUAAAGUAUGGUGCAGCACCGUCAUUUCCUAUUACAUACAGAUGAGUCAAUUUUUGUUGAGUCCACAGAAAGCAACAAAGUCAGCUUCAUCCCCACCUGAAACAGUUUCUUAGAACUUGGGGGUGAUACAUGUUGGUUGGAAAUGGAAGACGAGAACUCCUAAAGAAGGUGCUCCCCUUCGGUCCCUCUGUCCCUCCACACAGCCCUGAGUCCAUCUUUUUGUUCUGCAUCCUUCAUCUCCUUUAAUUAUGCCAGUGAAGAGUCGAAUUAGGAAAUCGAAAGUUUUUGUUACUCCAGUUUCCUUCGGUACAAAACAAUGGUCUGGACAGAAAUAUUGUUGUUGAUUUCUUUUAAAGAGUCUAAGUUCACUGCAGAUUCUUGCAGACAUUUGUUCCUGCUGCUUUUUCUCCAGACAUUCUGGUUUCUCACCCCUGUAUCCCCAUCAAGAAGCGAAAGACUGCCUCAAACAACAGCCAGAGCCUGCCCAUCUGCCAGACACACAAUAACUGGCACUGCUUGGAUGUGGCAUUAUUCAAAUACGCUCAAGGCUCCAAGAAGGUUAAUGGAAAUGGUCCACAGGACCAUAUGUCGCUGUUCUGCUGUGUUCUCUGAUCCGUCAGUCAGACAUGUUGAGCUUUGGUAUACUGGACAAGUUGUGAUGCAGCAAAAGGAACAAAACUAUGUGUUGUACCUUGGCCUUAAGAGCAAACAGCAGGCCUGGAACCCCCGGCCCAGUACAGACCAGCGUCCUUGCUGGAGCUAACUGGGAAUUCAUUAUGCACAGGUUUUCAGUUGAGGUUUUUUAAAAUAUCCAUGCUCAUCUCAGCAACUAAAAGUAUGCAAAAAUCCAAAGCCAGAUUAUGUUGGUGGCAUAUUUCCUUUCAGUUAUUUUUGAAUAGGUUGAAGACAACCUUGCCAGGUCAAAAGAUUUUCAGUGAGGAUCAGCGCGUUGAGUUGUUUUACUGAAAGCUAAUAAAAAGAGUUCCGGCAUUUGGAAGUAUUCAGGAUGAAAAGCAUAUCUCAUUACAGUUUUUUCACCUGGCCUUAUUUUCACAAAUCUUUCUAAUGAGGGUUUCUGAGGAAUACAAGUAUGAUUAAAGGAUGUGAAAUAAAUGAAAAGAUUUUUGAAAUCUAAUAACUAUUUGCAAAGGUUUUGUAGGCUGAAAAGAAUUCCUCUUUAUGGUCUGACACGCUUGGAGCCGAGGCUGACAGCCGUCCUUGUGUACAACUCUGUCCUGUGAAGUGACCGGACAGUUCCCUGUGUUUGCUUGUCUGUUCCUUUUUUAUAUCAGUAGUUAGUACUUGUAUACUUGCUUUAAGAGUUGUCAAACUAGUUAAAACAAUAAACAUACUCCCUUAAUAUAAUUGUUGCUGCGGAUGUUAUUUUAUCAUGAUGCUCCAAAUAAGGUUUGUAAACCCAUGCAGUUAC